AUGGCUAAGAUUGCGUCCGUGCGGUAUUACCGCGUAAAGCCUCGUUGGCUCAUGGUGAAAAUCACCGACGAGAAUGGCGAGUAUGGUUGGGGCGAGGCAACGCUCGAGGGUCAUGAUCUGGCUGUUGAGGGCUGUCUUGAGGAGAUGAUCCCUAGGAUAGUCGGUCUUGAAGCAGGCAACAUUGAGCACAUUUGGCAAACAUUCUGGCGCCAUGGCUUCUAUCGAGGAGGCCCCGUCUUCAUGUCAGCAAUGUCAGGCAUUGACAUUGCGUUGUGGGAUCUGAAAGGUCGCAACCUGAAAGUUCCCAUUUACGAGCUACUGGGCGGCCAGGUCCGCAACAAGGUUCAAGUGUACUGCUGGAUUGGGGGCGACAGACCAUCAGAUGUUGAGGCCGCAGCGAAAAAGCGCAUUGCUCAAGGUCUGACAUGCGUCAAGAUGAACGCAACAGAGGACAUGAACUGGGUUGACUCUCCCAGAGUCCUGAAAGACACAGUGGAGCGUCUCAAACAGGUCAAGGCUCUUGGUCUCGACGCUGGUCUCGAUUUCCACGGCCGCCUGCACAAGGCCAUGGCAAAGCAGCUGGCCAGAGCUCUAGAACCAUAUGAGCCCCUAUUCAUCGAGGAGCCCCUACUUUGCGAGCACCCGGAAGCCAUCAAGCAGCUCUCAAAUCAGACGACGAUUCCGAUAGCUUUUGGUGAGCGUCUUUACACGAGAUGGGACAUCAAACGCUUCCUAGAGGACGCCAGCGUCGACAUCCUUCAACCGGAUAUUGCUCAUGCUGGAGGUAUAUCCGAAACAAAGCGCAUCGCUACAAUGGCCGAAGCCUAUGAUGUGGCAAUUGCACCCCACUGCCCCCUUGGUCCCGUCGCCUUUGCGGCAAGCGUACAAGUCGCCUUAUCAGCGCCCAACUUUUCUAUUCUUGAGAUGAGUCUGGGAAUGCACUACAAUACUGAGGCAGGAGAUAUCGAUCUCUUGACAUAUCUGAAGAAUCCCACGGUGUUCGAUAUCGAGGGCGGUUAUGUAAAAGCGCCGACGGGCUACGGGUUGGGCAUUGAUAUCGACGAGGAGAUGGUUAUCAAAAUUUCCAAAGAGACAGAGCCGUGGCAGUGCAAGGUUUUCCAUGGCCCCGACGGCAGCAUCAGAGAAUGGUAG